GCCGGAAGUGGAGGUAUUUCCGGGGUGGCCUGAAGGCCGGGGUGUUCUCCCUUCUCCCCGGGACUGGCCGGGGUGAGGCAGGCGCGGCGCAGGGCGGCGUCUGGUGCGCCCCUACCCACCAUGGCCAAGCCAACAGGCAAGGAUUCGGGCUUGAAGGAGAAGUUCAAGACUCUGCUGGGACUGGGAACCCCGAGGCCAAACCCCAGGUCUGCAGAGGGCAAGCAGACGGAGUUCAUCGUCACGGCCGAAAUCCUGAGAGAACUGAGUGUUGAAUGUGGCCUCCACAACCGCAUCCGGGUCAUAGGGCAGAUCUGUGAAGUUGCAAAGACAAAGACAUUUGAAGAGCAUGCCGUGGAGGCACUCUGGGAGGCUGUCUCGGACCUGCUGCAGCCAGAGCGGCCUCCUGAGGCCCGGCACGCGGUGCUGGCUCUGCUGAAGGCCAUCGUGCAGGGGCAGGGGGACCGCCUGGGCGUUCUCAGGGCCCUCUUCUUUAAGGCCAUCAAGGACUACCCCUCCAGUGAAGACCUCCACGAAAGGCUGGAAGUUUUCAAGGCCCUCACGGACAACGGGAGACACAUCACCUACUUGGAAGAGGAACUGGCCGAGUUUGUCCUGCGGUGGAUGGACGUCGGCCUGUCCUCGGAGUUCCUGCUGGUGCUUGUGAACCUGGUCAAGUUUAACAGCUGCUACCUUGAUGAGUACAUCGCACCAAUGGUCCACAUGAUCUGCCUGCUGUGCGUCCAGACUGUGUCCUCCGUGGACAUAGAGGUCUCCCUGCAAGUGCUGGAUGCUGUGGUCUGCUACAACUGCCUGCCCGCCGAGAGCCUGACCCUCUUCCUUGUCACCCUGUGCCGCACCGUCAACGCCAAGGAGCUGUGUGGGCCCUGCUGGAAGCUGAUGCGCAACCUACUGGGCACCCACUUGGGCCACAGUGCCAUCUACAACAUGUGCCGCCUCAUGGAGGACAGAGCCUACAUGGAGGAUGCCCCACUGCUGAGGGGAGCUGUGUUUUUCGUUGGUAUGGCUCUUUGGGGAGCCCACCGACUCUAUUCUCUCAAGAACUCUCCGACAUCCGUGCUGCCGUCGUUUUAUGAGGCCAUGACGUGUCCCAACGAGGUGGUGUCCUACGAGGUCGCGCUGUCCAUGACCAGACUCAUCAAGAAGCACGGGGGGGGGCUCCAGGCCGCGACGUGGGACAUUCUGCUGGACAUCAUCGGACGCCUGCUUCAGCAGCUCCGGGGCCUGGGCAGCCCGGAGCUCGGAAGCCGCACCCACGACCUGCUGACCGCUGUGGAGGAGCUCUGUGAUCAGAAUGAGUUCCACGGCUCCAGGGACAGAUACUUCGAGCUUGUUGAGAGAUGUGCAGACCAGAGGCCUGAGUCCUCCCUCUUAAACUUAAUAACCUACAGGGCUCAGUCGAUCCAUCCGGCCAAGGAUGGCUGGAUUCACAACCUGCAGGCACUGAUGGAGCGAUUCUUCAGGCAUGAGUCCCGCAGCGCUGUGCGCAUCAGGGUGCUGGAUGUCCUGUCCUUCGUGCUGCUUAUCAACAGGCAGUUCUACGAGGAGGAGCUGAUCAACUCAGUGGUCAUCUCGCAGCUCUGCCACAUCCCCGAGGAUAAAGACCACCAAGUCCGAAAGCUGGCCACCCAGCUGCUGGUCGACCUGGCUGAAGGCUGCCACACCCACCACUUCAACAGCCUGCUGGAUGUCAUUGAGAAGGUGAUUGGCCGCCCCCUCUCUCCACCCCUCGAGCUGGAGGAAAGAGACGUGGCAGCAUACUCAGCUUCCUUGGAAGAUGUGAAGACAGCGGUCCUGGGGCUCUUGGUCAUCUUGCAGACCAAACUGUAUGCCUUGCCUGCCAGCCAUGCCACACGUGUGUACGAGAUGCUGGUCAACCACAUUCAGCUGCACUAUAAGCACAGCUAUACCCUGCCCAUCGCCAGCAGCAUUCGGCUGCAGGCCUUUGACUUCCUGCUGCUGUUGCGAGCGGACUCACUGCACCGCCUUGGCCUGCCCAACAAGGAUGGCGUCGUGAGGUUCAGCCCGUACUGCCUCUGUGACUACACGGAGCCCGAGCGGGGCUCUGAAAAGGCUGGGGGCCCCCUGUCACCUCCCACCGGGCCCCCGGGCCCAGCGCCCACAGGCCCCACCGUGCGGCCCGGCUCACUGCCCUACAGCCCGCUCUUCCGCGUCCUGCUGCGGUGUCUGAAGCAGGAGACCGACUGGAAGGUACUGAAGCUUGUGCUCGGCAAGCUUCCUGAGUCACUGCGCUAUAAGGUCCUCAUUUUCACCUCUCCGUGCAGCGUUGACCAGCUCUCUUCUGCCCUCUGCUCCAUGCUUUCAGGCCCCAAGACCCUCGAGCGGCUCCGAGGCACCCCAGAAGGGUUCUCCAGAACCGACCUGCAUCUGGCCGUGGUUCCUGUGCUGACAGCAUUAAUUUCUUACCAUAAAUACUUGGACAAAACCAGACAGCGGGAGCUGGUGUACUGUCUGGAGCAAGGCCUCAUCCAUCGCUGUGCCAGCCAGUGCGUGGUGGCCCUGGCCACCUGCAGCGUGGAAAUGCCCGACGUCAUCAUCAAGGCGCUGCCCGUCCUGGUUGUGAAGCUCACGCACAUCUCGGCCACAGCCAGCAUGGCCAUUCCACUCCUUGAGUUCCUGUCAACUCUGGCCCGGCUGCCUCACCUCUACAGGAACUUCGCAGCAGAGCAGUACGCGAGUGUGUUUGCCAUCUCUCUGCCAUAUACCAAUCCCUCCAAGUUCAAUCAGUACAUUGUGUGCCUGGCUCAUCACGUCAUAGCCAUGUGGUUCAUCAGGUGCCGCCUGCCCUUCCGGAAGGACUUCGUUCCCUAUAUCACUAAGGGCCUGCGUUCCAAUGUCCUCCUGUCUUUUGAUGACACCCCUGAGAAGGACAGCUUCAGAGCGCGGAGCACUAGUCUCAAUGAAAGGCCCAAGAGUUUGAGGAUAGCCAGAGCCCCCAAACAAGGCCUGAAUGGCUCCCCACCUGUGAAAGAGUUCAAGGAGAGCUCUGCAGCCGAUGCCUUCCGGUGCCGCAGCAUCAGUGUGUCUGAACAUGUGGUCCGCAGCAGGAUCCAGACGUCCCUCACAGGGGCCAGCUUGGGGUCUGCAGAUGAGAACUCCAUGGCCCAGGCUGACGACAACUUGAGAAAUCUCCACCUGGAGCUCACGGAAACAUGUUUGGACAUGAUGGCAAGAUACGUGUUCUCCAACUUCACGGCAGUUCCCAAGAGGUCUCCGGUGGGAGAGUUCCUCCUGGCUGGUGGCAGGACCAAAACCUGGCUGGUUGGGAACAAGCUUGUCACCGUGACAACGAGUGUGGGGACCGGGACCCGGUCGCUGCUGGGCCUGGACUCAGAGCUGCAGCGUGGCCCAGAGUUGAGCUCUGACCACGGCAAGCGUGUGAGACAGACAAAGGAGGCGCCGGCCAAGCUGGAGUCCCAGGCUGGGCAACAGGUGCACCGUGGGGCCCGGGCCCGGGUCCGCUCCAUGUCCGGGGGCCAUGGCCUUCGUGUCGGUGCCCUGGACACCCCAGCCUCCCAUGUCCCCAGCGGUGCCCCUUCCCCGGCCUCACAGACUGCGCCGGCCGGCAAGCCCGAGAAGGCUGCAGCCGGCUCCCAGACUGAUCUGGCAGCCUAUGUGCCCCUGCUGACCCAGGGCUGGGCGGAGAUCUUGGUCCGGAGGCCCACAGGGAACACCAGCUGGCUCAUGAGCCUGGAGAACCCGCUCAGCCCCUUCUCCUCGGACAUCAACAACAUGCCUCUGCAGGAACUGUCCAAUGCUCUCAUGGCUGCAGAGCGCUUCAAGGAGCGCCGGGACACGGCCCUGUACAAGUCACUGUCGGUGCCCGCAGCCGGCUCGGCCAGGCCCCCCGCACCGCCCCGUGCCAACACAGUGGCCUCUUUCUCCUCCCUGUACCAGUCCAGUUGCCAUGGAAAGCUGCACAGGAGCAUUUCCUGGGCAGACUCUGCGGUAGUCCCGGAGGAGGGAAGCCUGGGAGAGGCGGACUUGUCGGUGGAGCCCCCCGAGUUGGAGGACUUCGAGGCAGCACUAGGUGCAGACAGGCGCUGUCAGUGCACCGAGGCUUACAGCAGGUCGUCCUCAACCUCCAGCCAGGAAGAGAAGACAUUCCGCACAGAGGACCCGGCUGCCGGGGGCAUCCCCGUGGGGCGCGCUGCCUGCUUGGAGGGAGCCCGGGCCCACACAGGCCUCUCCUUCCAGCCCUCGCAGCCCCUGAGCAAGUCGAGCUCUUCCCCUGAGCUGCAGACCCUGCAGGACAUCCUUGGGGAUCCCGGGGACAAGGCUGACACUGGCCGGCUGAGCCCCGAAGUCAAGGCCCGGUCACAGUCAGGGCUCCUAGACGGGGAAGGCUCUGCCUGGUCAGCCCCAGGCGAAGAGAUCCUGGGCCGGGGCCCUGCCCAGCCUGAGGGUGCCUUGCCUUCCAGCUGCCCCCGCUCUCCCAGUGGCCUGCGGCCCCGUGGCUACACCAUCUCUGAUUCAGCCCCAUCACGCAGGGGCAAGAGGGUGCAAAGGGACACCUUCAAGAGUAGAGCUGGGACGUCUAAUACUGAGAAGGUGCCAGGCAUCAACCCCAGCUUUGUGUUCCUGCAGCUCUACCACUCACCCUUCUUUGGCGACGAGUCCAACAAGCCGAUCCUUUUGCCCAAUGAGUCCUUUGAGCGGUCUGUGCAGCUCCUCGACCAGAUCCCGUCCUAUGACACGCACAAGAUCGCUGUCCUGUACGUGGGAGAAGGCCAGAGCCACAGCGAGCUGGCCAUCCUGUCCAACGAGCACGGCUCCUACAGAUACACGGACUUCCUGACGGGCCUGGGCAAGCUCAUUGAGCUCAAGGACUGCCAGCCGGACAAGGUGUACCUGGGGGGCCUGGAUGUGUGUGGCGAGGACGGCCAGUUCACCUACUGCUGGCACGACGACAUCAUGCAGGCUGUCUUCCACAUUGCCACCCUCAUGCCCACCAAGGACGUGGACAAGCAGUGCUGUGACAAGAAGCGCCACCUGGGCAAUGACUUUGUGUCCAUCGUCUAUAACGAUUCUGGCGAGGACUUCAAGCUGGGCACCAUCAGGGGCCAGUUCAACUUCGUCCAUGUGAUCAUCACCCCCCUGGACUACGAGUGCAACCUGGUGUCGCUGCAGUGCAGGAAAGACAUGGAGGGCCUCGUGGACACCAGUGUGGCCAAGAUUGUGUCUGACUGCAACCUGCCCUUCGUGGCCCGUCAGAUGGCCCUGCAUGCAAAUAUGGCCUCGCAAGUACACCACAGCCGCUCCAACCCCACCGACAUCUACCCCUCCAAGUGGAUCGCCAGGCUGCGUCACAUCAAGCGGCUCCGUCACCGGAUCCGGGAGGAGGCCCACUACUCGAACCCCAGCCUGCCUCUGACACAGAUGCACCCCCCAGGCCAUGCCAAAGCCUCUGUGCAGGCCACAGCAGAGACUGUGCCCACCUAUGAGACAGGCCAGCGGAAGCGCCUCAUCUCCUCUGUGGAUGACUUCACUGAGUUUGUGUGAGGCUGAGUGCGGUCAUGCCUGGCCCCCCUGGGGCUCCCGGAUGCUGAGCCCUUGCCCGGGGCUCCAGUGGCGGCUGCCUGAGCCAGCGUGUGGCACAGGCACCAGGUGGUAGUUAUUUGGGCAGAAAUAAAGUGCUGUGGCCGGUGCCCUGACAGAGAAACGA